CCCCACCUGGCGAGUGGGCGGCGCUGGACUAGGGGGACGGGGCUGGGGCCUCUCAACUUUUCCUGGACCCAUGGUGUCAGCAGCGGCCGCCAGAUGCCCGGGGUUCGGCGGGAGGGGGAACCCGACCAGAGGGAGAGGGCUUCCAGGAGACAAAGACUCGGGCCGGGGCUGGGGGCAGGGGCCGGCGCCUCGGGGGUCUUUGUGCCGACACGUGCAUCUCGCGUUUGUGAGUCUUUGUGGAUUUGGGUCCGGGGACGUGCAUCUGCCUGUGCCUUUGUAUGUCCGUGGCUUCGCGUGGCUGUUUCGCGUCUGUGUCCACGUUUUGUGGGCCCGUUUGGUUGUGGGUGUUGGUGGGCGCAUCGUUGUGUCCGCGUACGUGGUCUGUGCCUGUCGACGUGUCGGGAUUGGGCGUCCGUGGAGUGUGUGCGCGCCGAGAGCCGGACACCGCCCCAACUCCUCGCUCCCCUGCUGUCCACCCGGGCCCCGGACUUGGCUUCAAACUUUUCUCCCGGUUUCUCGGGCAGCAGCUCAGGUCCUCCCCGCUGCAGCCUGGGCUGGGGACGCUGGCAACCCUACGCUCUUUCGUCUCCUGGGAUCCUUAGAGCCGGGAGGGGACGAGACAGGACCGGCGGGGGUUGAGGGUGGGGAUCGGCAGUGCCUGGGGAAUGGCCUCACUCAGGGCGGGAGGAACGUGCCGGCCACCCCCGCCGAACUAGCUAGGGGGAGAGAGGGAAGCGGCUAGUCCUGGGCCCCGGCCAGGAGCUGGAGAAGAGGAGCAGGCAACCGGUGUUGCUCGCCCGGCGCUUCUCGGAGUGUAUGUGAUCCAGAGAGACGUGUCCUCCGGGCAGAGAGGCCAGUCCCCAGCCCCAGCUCCGCUUUGAGAUCCGCUCUCGGUUUGCAAGCCGCCCCUGGGGUGGGGGAAUCAGCCCUCCGAUCCCGUAGGUGAGAAUGUGACGGCUUUUCAGGAUCCGGGCCUGGCCGGGGCGCCGGCUCCCGGACCCCCAAUUGGACUGUGGUGCGUAGGAACCUUGCACAUACUGGUUGCGCAAGGGCCGGCUCCUGGCCCACAGUACGGCACUGUGCAAAUUGCCCAGCUUGUUAAGGAUGGGGGUGAGAACUCCCUCGUGGCGCCGAGCGUGCGGUCAGGAUACCCAGCACAGCCUGCGAGAGCCGGCCUGGGAGCGGUGCCCGCCCACACUUGGCCCGGGCGAGGAGGUGACUCAGGAACCUAUCCUAUCCUUCCUCCUUGCCUGCUCUACCCUUCCGAGAAGUCUAGGCUUGCAGAGCCCAAGUCUGACCCUAGAGGGAGGGUUCAGGUGACGGGAGACUGCUGGGCUUUUGAUCCUGCGUCCCAAAGAUAACCCUAACACCUUAUCUCACAGCGGACCCACCCCGCCCCAGUCUUAUACCCAGAAUUUUGCCAGAUACUGUAGAUGUGGAGGGGCACAAGCCAUUCACCUUGGAAGGAGGCCACCGUGGGCACUUUCUUUCCCUCUCUCGGCUUCAGUUUCCCCUCUGGAAAGGGAGGUGUUGACAGCCUCUCUCCUCCCUUUGGAUUCAGGCUGACUGGUAGAGACCCCAAAACCUGAAAACACUUUAAUGUUACACACAUCUCCAUUCUACCUUGACUAAUUCUCUGGCACUAAUUUGGUCUUUUGAAGGAGAGGCGAGGAGGUGGCUUUGAAGUUACUUAGAGAUGAAGUGAGGUGGGCCAGGAGCCCCUGCAGUCCAGGAAGGCUGGAAUGCAACAGUCUGGGGAAGUCAGGUGAAUAUACCCUGGAGAGAGAAAGUGUCUCCCACAGAGGAAACUGCACUGCAUGGCUCUGUGCACUCUGAUAACAGCACAGAAGAGGUCGGCAUUGUGGACGGUCAGAUGGGGGCAGAGAUUAGAAUUCAGCUUGAGGCUGGGAAGGAAGGCAGUGGCCAAGUAUGAAGGCCUUGAAUGCCAGGCCUAGGAGCUGGUAUUUGAACUUGUACUCAGUAGAGAGCUGCUGGAGGGUUUAAACAGAUGUGACAGUAUGGGAAAGGUAAUUUAAGAAAUUUUCCUUUGGCUUGUGGAUGGUGCUAGACACUGGGAGAGGAAUCUGGAGGCCAUUGAUUGCUCCAGCCUUUUAGAGUCAGAAGGACCUGAAUUUUACUCCUACUCCAUUGCUUCCUAGCUCUGUAGCCAUGGGCAAGCAACUUGACCUCUCUGAUUCUUGGUAUCCUCCUCCUUCAAAUGAAGACAGGAAUUCCUGUCUCAUUGAUCUGUGAAUGUCAACUAGGUAGGAUAAUGAAUUACAUGUGCUAAUAAAAUGAGAAGAGAUUUAUAGUCUGUAUUACAUUGUGCGGACAUUUGUUGGCUUGCACUGACAAUAGUCAACAUCUACUAUGGUCCUACACCUGCUUUCACCACCUGGCAAAGCCCUUAGUAUCCUGCAAGCUUGGACCAAUUGUUACUUUCUCCAAGCAGAGGAAAGCUUUCUGAUCAGGGCUUUUCACAUGUAGUUUAUUCUCUUUCACUUGGCCUAGCCCCAUGCCGGAAAGGAGCUGGACACAAAUUUGGAGAUGGCCACAGACCACGAAGUGUUUUACCUUGAAGAACGGCCUAGGGGGAGGGUGACCUUUUGCCAGAUGAGAGGCAGGUUAGAUUUGAAAUCGAAUGAGUAAGAAUUUGUGUGGUAGACAAAAGAAGGCCAUCUCUGUCAUCUUCAGCAGAGAGAACAGCCUGUGCAAAGGCAGAGAGCCCUCAGAGCGAGACGGGCCUCUAGAUUGGCACUUUCUCUUUGUGGGAUGGGUUUUAAACAGGGAGCAGUGGUGGGAUCCUAGUCUUCUGUUGAGAUUGUUCUCUGGUGCCCAGCAAGGCAGGCUAUUGGAGGCAGAGGGCCAGGAACAAGUUGAUUGCAACAGUCCAGGCCAGGAGGAAGACACACUGGAAGGAAAAAAUACUAUUGGGAACCUUACCCUUGUAGAUUAUCCUCCUUGGGUGAGGUUGCUGGGGCCCCAGGGCCCACCUGCAUCAGGGAUCAUGUCACAGAGGAGGCCGGGCACUGGGUGUCAAAUUACCUGGAUCCUGAGUCCAGCCCUUGGCUUCCAUGGCUGUGUUGACUCUGGACAGAUCACUGAACUUUCCUGGGUGUCUUUAUGCAGCUGUAGAAGAGAUAGGAUGCCAUCUAACCUGCUAACCUUGCAGGAUGACUUGCAGGGAGGCACUGGAAAGGCUGAGUGGUGUCCUUGGGUAAGGUGGUAGUAUUCUACAUGCCUGGUAUAUCUUCAUAUAGUGUGAUAGACCCAAAGCUCAGCUCCCAGGACAUAAAAAUGAACCUAACGCCAUCCCUGCCCACCAGAGGACAGACAGGUAAACAUAAUUAUCGUCCAGCACGAUUAGCUAGCCAUCAUUUACAUGGGCCCAUUUGUACAUUGAGGCACAGUGGUAUAAGGAGCAUCGGAUUUGGAGCUAAGAACCUCUGGGGUUGAGACCUGGUUCCUCUACUACCCAGCUUAAUAAUAUCAGUCUCCUUCUCUGCAAAAUAGGGACAGUAAUCCCCAUGGUCAAGGACUGUGGUGAGGCAUAAACAAGGUGCUAGCAUAGAAGUGCAUGGUGAGCUGAUGUGUUUAUACAGAUGUGUACCAUUAGCAGUCCUGCUGGGAGAGCCAGCCCUCAAGGCUCCAGGAGUUAGCCCUGAAAUUCUUUUAGCCUUGCAUUUCCAGAGCUGACUAAGUGGUUGGGGGGCAGGAUGUUAAUGGAAUUUGCACCUGGGGAUUUCGUUGGCAUCAGCUUGAGUGAGCUCAUGAAGAAGGAAGCAAGGUGGGAGGCAGCCAGGCAUUGAGGAGCAGCUGGUGAAAGCAAAGGCCUGUCUUAGGUGGGUGCUGGGGCCCUUGGUCCAGGCCAAGGCCCAGCUCCCCACCCACUUUGUUCCUGCGCCAGAGACUCCCUCUUGAAGCUGUGGUGAGGAACUGGCAAAUCUAUGGGCCCGAGAUGCUGUGUUGCAGCACCAGAGGUAGGCAGCUGGGGCCAGGGGGGCCAAGCCAGAACCCCUAACCCCAGAGAGAUUUUCUCAUAGGAGAGGCAGCUUGGGACCUGGCCAGCAAACACCAGCAAAGUGGAGAAUGUUGGCACAAUGGACCUGCCAUGCAUUGGGAACUUGGUUAGGGAGGAACAUAAAGAAAAAUGACACUGUCGUUGCCCUCAGGAAGCUUAAUAAAUCAUCGCAAUCAUUGUUUACCAAGCGCUGAGCACUAAUAUGUGGCAGAUAGCCGAAUGCUUCACACGCUGCCUCUUAAUGCUUUAGCCAGCUCUGUAUUGUUAAUCCUUCUAAGGACACUGAGAAUCAACCAGGUUGAGACUUGCUGAGGCUAGUAGGUAUGGAGUUGAAUUCACACCAGGUCUGAGUCCAGCGGUUGACUCUUAACUGCUGGACUCUUUCUUUAUCCAGCAGUGCUGCCUACCAAGCCUGGCUCUGGCUUCAGGUGUGGGAAAAUAUUAACAGGUGAAGAAGGCAGGAUCAUGCCCAUUUCAAGUCAGGAAAUGGGCAGGUAAAUAACUAAUAGCAGAGAAUUUACUCAAUGUAUGUCUGAGGAAGUGUGCCCAAAGUCUGGUGUGACAGGCCAGGGGAGCAAGGAAGGGAGGGAGGGGUGGCACAGGAGUGGGCAGAACAGGCUUCAUUCCACUGGCGGGGCCAGGGCAGGCCAGGUGGAUGCGGGCAGGGCUGGAAUUCCCAGCCCUGGAAUUCUCUGAGUUUGGGGUAAAUGUGAGCAGAGGCUGUCACCAACGCUGUAGAUUCAAGUUCAGAUGGGGGCUCAGGAAGGGGAGGGAGGAAAGUGGGGACAACUUGCAGAUGUCCCCGUACAAGGAAGAACUUGAUUUCUGUCGGUAAAAGUAGAAGUCGAGAGGUUUUUGAGAAGGUGGAUGACGUGGCCAAAGUUGUUUUAGAGACUCUCUAGCAGGGCCUGGAGUGUCACAGUGGAGAGACCUGUCUGGAGACUAUUAGGACCACACCAUUUAUUCUUUUGACCUCACGAGACAUCAGCAAACUUUCCUUAGAGUCACAACGGGCCCAACUCACGGCCCCUGCCCAGAAGACCUUAUGCUUUGUCCCCUAAAGCAAGGGUGGGUAGUUUCUAAGUCCUUGUCCUCCUACCCUGGUGUUCUGUAACCUCAUUCAUCAGUGGAUCUUUUACCUUGUAUCUGCAGGUCAGGGUUUGGAAAAGAGGUGAUGUGUCUGGAGCCACAGAUCCCUUUCCUCCCUUAGCUUCCAUGGUGGCCAUUGGUCUGCCUCUCCCUUUCUCCAUACUUGCCCGGUUCACGCUGUGAAGGCCUUUCCUCUCUGCAGAGCAGAGAGGCUGGUGUCUUUGUCUAGAGGAACUCACAUUCCCCAUCCCUUCCCAGAUCCAGCAGCCCUGUAAAGAAACAACACAGUGGCCUCCAUGGAAAGACCCGCUCCCCAGGAGGGUGCUGAUAAGAGCUUUGACAUGUUUGAUACAUGUUUGCUAAAGGAAGGAGGAAGAAGAUAGGGUCAGGCCCACCCAUUGAUCCCCACCCCACUGGCUCCCUGUCGGUGGAGGAAGGCAGGGCAGCCCACACUGAGCCCUUCCCCUGUGCUGGGAGCCCUGCUAGGUGCCUUACUUCCGUUUUGUUUCAUCUUCAUGACAGUCCUGUGAGGUGGCUAUUAAUGUCCCGUUUUACAGAUGAGGAGACUGAGGCUCAGGGAUCGUGGCCAGCCAAGAUCAGAGAAAGCAGAGAGGGCCAAGAGGCAGUCCUAUCAGGAGCCUUUGUUACUCACUGUGUUUUAUAUAUUUUCUUACUAUGAGAGGAAAUGAGGGGGAAAGGAGAUUAAGUCAUGUUUUAAUUAGAGUUCACUAUCUGAAGAAAAACCACUGUUUUGCUGAUAUAUUUUCUUCUAGACUUUCUAAAAUUAGAAUUUAGGUUGGGUUUUUGUAAUACACAGUUAUAAGUUAUAGUUUUCUUAGACAUGCAAUUUAUCCUUAUGAUACCUAGCAUUAUGGCAGCAUGAAAUUGUAAGCUCUUCUGAGUGUUAUUUUUGACUCCCUAAGAUCCUUAAGAGAGUCAGUAGCUAUGUUGAGGGGCCAGAGAAGCCCUGGGCCUGGGGUCAGGAAGUUGGAGCCUGAGCAUCGGUCACCACGCCUCACUGGGGAUCCAUGGAUAAGUCGCUGCAUGCUCUCUUCAUCGCUAAAGUGAAGGGGUGCACACCGCGCUCGGCAGUCUUCCCUGCGUCAAAUCACAAGUGAGAAAGUGAGAAGAGGCCUUUUGUAAACUAUAAAGGGCUCUGCCCCCCCACCAGGAAUCUUCCUUAUCUUCCCUCAGUCUCCUCCAGGGAAAGUUCUGCCCUCCCCUCGGUCCCUGAGCCUUCGCUAAGGGGCGUGCAGCAGUAGUGCCAGACCCCAGCAUCUCUGAGACACUCACAUGAAGGCACACCCCUCCUUAUGUUACCCCAAAGAGGACAUUUCCUCUAAGCAGAACAGGGUCGCCGACUCUCAAAGACCACCAGCCCACACCUCUGCCUUUGUCCCCUCUUGGGGAUUUAUCCCUUCUCUUCUCUCAACAGCCUGGGACACCCCUGAGAGGCCUCUGGGCUCUACUGUGACCUCAGGAAAGCCCCGGCGCCAUUGAGUACUAAAAAGCUUGCCACCUACCAGCUGUCAUAGCAGUCAAUGGCAGCUGGCGCUUGGCCCUAGGACUCUCGACACAUAGCUCUUCUUUUCGCAGCGACACAGAAGUACACGUUCCACUGGAACCAAACCAAUUAUGAGGUUACAAAGGCCUGAGUUCAGUUCCUGGCUCUGCUGCUUUCCUUUCCUCAUUCUCAGUUUCCUCCACUCAAAAAUGGGCAUAAGACUGCUGACCUCCUGGAGUGACUGGGGAUUAUAUGAGAGAACAUGUGUCUAGCCAGAGACAUGAGGACUGUCUCUGACUGUCCCCGUCAGCACUUUCCAUGUGAAUGUCCAGGGCGGAGCAAGAACCUGUCCAGGGCACCCUCAGAGUGUUCACAAGCACAGCUAUCUAGUUAGGUCUCAUUUUGUGCCCCUGCUUCCCUUACAUCAGCUGUCCCUCCCAUUGCCUCAAUUCCAUGCCCAUGGUGGCCCAGUGAUGACCACCCUGCAUGCGUGCAGAGCUUUUCAGUUUGUGUUGCAUUUCAGUGAGGGUCGAAUGAACUUAUAUGAAGACGGCAGGACAAGAAUUACUGCCUCGUGGUUCAAGGGACAAGGCUGAGGCCUGGAGAGGAGUGGUGAGAGGCCCCCUAUCUGUACAGCUGCCACCAUGCUGUGGCCCAUGCUGCUGCCCACACUGCUGUUGCUGGCUGUGAGAGGAGUCCAGAUGACUCGGCCAUGCUCUCCUGGGUGCCAAUGUGAGGUGGAGACCUUCGGCCUCUUUGACAGCUUCAGCCUGACACAAGUGGAUUGCAGUGGCCUGGGCCCCCACAUUGUGCCCGUGCCCAUCCCUCUGGACACAGCCCACCUGGACCUGUCCUCCAACCGGCUAGAGACAGUGAAUGAGUCAGUGUUGGCAGGACCAGGCUAUACCACACUGGCUGGCCUGGAUCUCAGCCACAACCUGCUCACCAGCAUCUCGCCCACUGCCUUCUCCCGCCUUCGCUACCUGGAGUCCCUCGACCUCAGCCACAAUGGCCUAGUAGCCCUGCCAGCCGAGAGCUUCACCAGCUCACCCCUGAGUGACGUGAACCUCAGCCACAACCGGCUACGUGAGGUCCCAGUGUCUGCCUUCACUACCCACAGCCAGGGCAGGGCAUUGCAGGUGGACCUCUCCCACAACCUCAUCCAUCACCUCGUGCCCCACCGUGCGCGGGCCAGCCUGCCCACACCCACAAUUCAGAGCCUGAAUCUGGCCUGGAACCAGCUCCGUACCAUGCCCGACCUCCAGGACUUGCCCCUGCGCUACCUGAGCCUGGACGGGAACCCACUGGUUGCCAUCGGCCCAGGUGACUUCACGGGGCUGGCCGGCCUGACACACCUCUCACUGAGCAGCCUGCAGGGUCUCCCCAAACUGGAGCCGUAUGGUUUCCGUGAGCUGCAGGGCCUGCAGGUCCUAGACCUGUCAAACAACCCCAAGCUCAAGUGGGCAGGAGCUGAGAUGUUCUCAGGCCUGGACUCUCUGCAGGAGCUGGACCUGUCGGGCACAGACCUGGUGCCCCUGCCUGAGAUGCUGCUCCUGCACUUCCCAGCACUGCAGAGCAUCAAUGUGGGCCAGGGUGUGCGGUGCCAGCGCCUGGUACGAGAGGGCGCCUAUCCCCGGCAGCCUGGCUCGAGCUCCAAGGUGGCCCUACACUGCAUAGACACCCGGGAACCAGCUGCCAGGGAUGCCCACACCUUGUGACGAAUGGUGUGGUCUGGGGCCACAUAAAGACUGCUGCCCUGGGCUGACUCAGGUCCUGGGUAAUUUAUAUUUUAAUGUGCCAAUGCCAGUGGGGACUCUGCAGGCCUGUAUGGCGACAUCAUUGAAACAUAGUUGUGGACCUAAGAAGAGGCUUUGGACCUGGGACCAACACCUAGGAGCAAAGUCUUGCUGCUUUGUCUAUGUUACCCCCAAACCAUAAGCAGAGGGUCUUCAAUGCCAAAGCAGAGCAGUCCCCUGCUGUCCUUCCCCACUUGACCCUAAAGUGCCUUCUCUCAGGCCUGGACCGAUCUGACCAUGACAGGAAGAAGGUCAGAGUUCAGGUCUAUGGCUGAGCGCCCCCUUGGAUCCACAGUCCAGUUACUCAGGGGCAUGGGUUUCUUUUGCUCUGGGCACGUGUGGCCCACUUUAUCUUUUUCUCUUCCCCCUAGGACCCUGGUUAGAAUUUUAGUUAUAGAAAGGACUGGAGAAAAAAAAAUCAAGUCCACCUCCUGAUGUGACAGAUGGGGUAACAGGCCUAGAGAAGGAAAAUUGCUAAUCUGAGGUACUAUAGCAGCAGAGGCAUGACUGGACCCAGUGUCCUGCCUUCCAGCUGGGCACGUUUACAUUUUGCUGUCUUCUCUAAAUCAUGCCAUCCCUCUCCCUUUCUGGGCUCCCCUUGCUGCCAAGACCCACAUCCUGCCGUUUAUGCCCUUUCCCUGUCAUCCCCAGGAGGACAGGCAAGGGCCUCAGGAGUGGAACGCUGGGCCCAGUGACCAGCUGUGUGGCACAGGCUAAGUCAUUUCAUCUCUCAGAGCCUCUGGAAGCUACAGGCAUGCCAGUCCCAGUUCUGCCAGUUUCCCACUCGGGAGCAGUCCCCCAACAUCAAGACUAAAUGUACCCACUGAUCCUUGAGGCACUGCCUCUAGAUGCACGCCCCCCGCCCAACAUGUUGACGCAAUCUUGGAGCCCCACCUGGCCGUGGGCAAGGAGGGGCCUCCUAGAUUCAGUUCCCACUGGCCUUGAAUUCAUAGAGCCUGCAUAGCCUAUCUUCCCCCAACUGAGAACGCAGCAGAAGGAGGCAGGCAGCUCUCAUCCAAGUUUAUGCUCCCCUACUAGGGUGGCUCCCAGCCCUGGGCUCUUUCCUUAGUCUUCUUUUUAUACAAGUUGUUGCCUUUUUAAUGGACUGUCACUUUCAACCAGCCAGCCCACCCUCCACCCCCUGCUGGUAGGGGAUGGAAAAAUGUCACUUGUAAAAGAAAAAGUUUCAUUUGUUUACUUUUGUAAUAGUGUGUCCUAGGGAUAUGUUGGGGAGAAGGUGUUGGGUAGAAGCCAACCAUCAGUGGCCAUGUGGGCAUCAGGGGGCUGGUCCCACAAAGAUGCCCACAGGACACUGAGAGCUCUGUCUUCUCCUACCAGCCCCACCCAAUACCUAACUGGUCCUUGGUUUAAUAAACAUUUUUUAAAGAGUC